AUGGAAGAGAGAGCAAUUUUAUGGAUGCUCUCCUUUGUCAUGUUUGUUGGUUCCUGCUUAGCUGGGUCGUUACCAUUAGUUAUAAAUUUGUCAGAAGACAAGUUACAUUUGGUAUCGAUAUUAGGAGCCGGACUUCUUGUUGGUACUGCACUAGCUGUAAUUAUACCAGAAGGUAUAAGAGCAUUAUUUAGUAGUGGAAUUACUAAUGAAAAAGAACUACACAGUGAUCUAUAUUCUUUAAUUGGAAUUAGCUUAGUAUUGGGUUUUAUAUUUAUGCUUUUGAUCGAUCAAUGUUCAGCAAGAAGAAGCGGUGGAAGACAAAAAAGUGUUACAGCAACAUUAGGUCUUGUAGUACAUGCAGCGGUUGAUGGAGUUGCAUUAGGAGCAGCAGCUACUACAUCUCAAGCUGAUGUUGAAGUGAUAGUUUUUUUCGCAAUAAUGUUGCAUAAAGCACCAGCUGCAUUUGGACUUGUGUCAUUUCUUCUUCAUGAAGGUGUAGAUAGAAAGAAGAUUUAUAGACAUUUAUUAAUUUUCUCUUUCGCGGCUCCAUGUCUUGCACUUGUGACAUAUUUUGGAAUUGGUAAAGAAGGAAAAGAAACACUGAAUAAUGUCAAUGCGACUGGUUUGGCUAUGUUGUUUAGUGCUGGAACAUUUCUUUAUGUAGCCACUGUACAUGUUUUGCCAGAAUUAAUGACAAGAAGCAAUAGUUAUUCACAUUUGCCGAGCGUCGAAGGUACAACAUUAUCUGCAACUGGACUUAAAGUUAAGGAAAUAUUAUUCUUAGUAAUAGGAUCGUUUUUACCUGCUUUGAUUACAACUGGACAUCAUCAUUGACUAAAAUAAGUAUCUUGUAAAAAAUACAUAUAUCUGUAAUAUAUAUAUAUGAAAGUUA